AUGGUUCAAGUUCUCAAGAAGUACAAGGCCGCCGCCGUCAACGCCGAGCCCGGCUGGUUUGAUUUGCAGGAGUCUGUUCGUCGUACCAUCCACUGGAUCGAUGAAGCUGGAAAGAAUGGCUGCAAGCUCAUUGCUUUCCCUGAGCUCUGGAUCCCCGGAUACCCUUACUGGAUGUGGAAGGUCACCUACCAGGAAAGCCUGCCUCUUCUGAAGAAGUACCGCGAGAACUCUCUUGCCUCCAACUCCGAGGAAAUGCGUCGCAUUCGUGAGGCUGCCCGCGCCAACAAGAUCUGGGUCUCCCUCGGAUACUCCGAGCUUGACCUCUCCAGCUUGUACACCACCCAGGUCAUGAUCAGCCCUACCGGUGAUGUUAUCAACCACCGCCGUAAGAUCCGUGCUACUCACGUUGAGCGCCUCGUCUUCGGUGACGGCACCGGCGACACCACCGAGUCCGUCAUGGAGACCGAGAUCGGCCGCAUCGGCCACCUCAACUGCUGGGAAAACAUGAACCCCUUCCUCAAGUCUUACGCCGCCUCUCUCGGAGAGCAGGUCCACGUUGCCGCCUGGCCUCUGUACCCCCGCGAGGAGACCCUCAAGUACCCCGACCCCCGCACCAACAUUGCCGAGGCCAACGCCGAUAACGCUACUCAGCUCGUGACUCCUGCCUACGCCGUGGAGACUGGCACUUUCACUCUUGCCCCCUGGCAGACAAUCACUGCCGAAGGCAUCAAGCUCAACACUCCUCCCGGAAAGGAGCUCGAGGACCCCAACCUCUACAACGGAAACGGUCGUAUCUUCGGCCCCGAUGGCCAGAACUUGGUCGCCCACCCCUCCAGAGACUUCCAGGGUCUUCUCUACGUCGACAUUGACCUUGACGAAAUCCACCUCAGCAAGGCUCUGGCCGAUUUCGGUGGCCACUACAUGCGCCCUGACCUGAUCCGUCUCCUUGUCGACACCAACCGCAAGGACCUGGUUGUCCACGAGGACCGCAUCAACGGUGGUGUUGUCUACACCAAGACCGCUGACCGCGUCGGUCUCUCCACUCCUCUGGAUGCCGCCGCUCCCGAGGCUCCCGCCGAGAGCGAUUAG